AUGGAUAAAGAAAUUGAGGAAAGAGUGGCAGCAUGUCAAGACUGUCAAAAGAAUAGAGAUAGGCAACCAAAAUUACCAUUAUACACAUGGAAUGUAGCGGCGAAACCAUGGGAAAGAAUACAUUUAGACUUUGCGGGAGAGUUCAUGGGGUUGAUAGCAGUGGAUUCAUUUUCCAAAUGGGUAGAAGUGGCAUUAAUGAAGUCAACAACGGAAAAAACAAUAAAAAUAAUGGAGGAAUGGAUAGCAAGAAAUGAAGUGCCCAGACAAAUUAUAACAGAUAAUGGUCCACAAUUCAUCGCCAAAGAAUUUGCGACAGCUUGUAAAAAAUGGGGAAUACAACACAUCAAGGUAACUCCAUACCAUCCACAAAGCAACGGGAUGGCAGAAAGAUUCAUACGAACAUUGAAAAGCAGAAUAAGAGAGGAGAUGGAAAGAGAGAAAGAUGUAAAAAUAGCAUUAAAUCGCGUAUUGUUUACGUAUAGAAAUGCGCCACAUAAAGUAACAAAAAGAACACCAGCGGAAUUAUUUUUUAGUAGAAAGGUGGAUCAUUGGUUAGAUAGAUUACAACCAGACCCAAGGCGACAAUUGGAGAAGGGAAGACAAGAGAUAGAAAAAAGAACAAAGAAAAGAAGAUAG